CCCCGCCUACUCUCUCUCUCAAGUGGUUCCUUCCGCCGCGCGCCACAGAAGUUCCCGCGGAAACCGCUUCGGAGUCUUCGACGGGAAGCGGCCGUUUUUGUGGGGGGAGGGAGACGCAUAAUUCUCUUCCCCCACCCCCCGGCGAAGUCUAACGCGCAGGCGCCAACCGCUUCCCUCCCUCGCCAACGGCCGCGCAGUCCGACUUAGAGGCGGGGAGGAGGAGAAGCAGCCGAGUCUCCCCUCGCGCGCAGCUCCCGAUACCGCAAAUUAAGAGACAAAAGACGACGACGAGGAGGUCUUUCUUCUCGUCGUGGCGCCAUGUUCCGCGGGUCAGGUGGGCCCGCCGGCCCAAUGGCGGGGAAGCCGUGACGAGGGUGGCUCCGCCCUGCCUUCCUCUUUUCUCCUCAGCGCAGUGUGCGAGGGAGAAAGGAGCCGCGCGGUUGAGGAGGAGGCGGCGGCGGCCGGAGGACGCGGGAAGGGCUGAAACGGGCGCGUUGCUGCCCAUAAAGAGUUUUUACCUCAGCGGCGGAUAAGAAAAGAGAACGAAACAAAAAAAGGCGAGGGAGGGAACUGAGAAGAAAGCGACGCCGGCUCGAGAGAAGAAGCCCCGUUUCGCCUCAAGAUAAGGCGACAAGAAGAACGGACUUGAGGGGACGUUUGUGGAGAAAAUAUUGGAAGGAGGGCGUCAGACGAGAAAUAAGAUUCGCGGGGAAGAAGAAGCGGGAACCCGGGGUCGGCGCGCGACCCGUGCGGCGAUGUGAGAGGGAAAAAGAAACGGCGGCGCGCGCGCGCCUCCCUCCUUUUUAAAAGAAAAAAGCGAGGUUCUGGAACCUUCGUUCCGGAAAGGAAACCGCAUUUCCUGACGGGGGGGGGAGUAAUAAGUCGGGCGUGGCCGCGCUCUCGCGUCUGCUUGGCGGGAGGGAGGGUUGCCUCCGCGCACGCGCGAGGGAGGUUGUGGGCGGGGCUUCCUGCCCCCUCUCGACGGAAUGGCGUUCUCCAACUACAGCAGCCUCCAGCGCGCUCAGUUGACCUUCGAGUACCUCCACACCAACUCAACUACCCAUGAAUUCUUGUUUGGUGCCCUUGCUGAGCUUGUAGAUAAUGCCAGAGAUGCGGAUGCCACAAGAAUAGAUAUAUUUGCUGAACGCCGAGAGGAUCUGAGAGGGGGAUUCAUGCUGUGUUUUUUAGAUGAUGGCGCAGGCAUGGAUCCAAAUGAUGCUGCAAGUGUCAUCCAGUUUGGUAAAUCUGCUAAGCGCUCACCGGAAUCCACUCAGAUUGGGCAAUAUGGGAAUGGCUUGAAAUCGGGUUCCAUGCGAAUUGGGAAGGAUUUUAUCCUGUUCACAAAGAAGGACAACACCAUGACCUGCCUUUUCUUGUCCCGCACAUUUCACGAGGAGGAAGGCAUUGAUGAGGUCAUUGUCCCACUGCCCACAUGGAAUGCCCGUACUAGGGAGCCUUUGUCAGACAAUCUGGAUAGAUUUGCCAUUGAGACUGAGCUGAUUUACAAGUAUUCCCCCUUCAAAUCUGAGCAAGAACUGAUGGAACAGUUUAACAAGAUUCCUGAAGAUAAAGGGACCUUGGUGAUUAUCUUCAACCUCAAACUGAUGGAUAAUGGUGAACCUGAGCUGGAUGUGACCUCUGAUCCCCGAGAUAUCCAGAUGGCAGAAACACCACCAGAGGGAACGAAACCCGAGCGCCGCUCCUUCCGUGCAUAUGCCACUGUGCUCUAUAUUGAUCCUAGAAUGAGAAUUUUCAUCCAUGGACACAAAGUUCAAACCAAGCGCCUUUCCUGCUGUUUGUAUAAACCGAGGAUGUACAAAUAUACUUCCAAGCGGUUCAAGACUCGGGCCGAGCAGGAAGUGAAGAAGGCAGACCAUAUGGCUCGGGUUGCGGAAGAGAAGGCUCGAGAAGCAGAGAGCAAAGCGCGUGCUUUGGAGCUGAGCUUAGGAGGGGAUCUCACCAGAGAGUCACGGAUCAUGCUGCGCCAAGCCCAGGACAUGGCAAUGACCAUGCGCCGAGAGGCUGAUGUGAAGAAGAGGAUCAGGGAGGCCAAGCAGAGGGCACUAAAGGAGCCCAAAGAGCUGAACUUCAUCUUUGGGGUGAACAUAGAGCAGCGCUAUUUGGAUGGGAUGUUUAUCUAUAACUGCAGCCGGCUGAUUAAGAUGUAUGAGAAGGUGGGCCCGCAGCUGGACAGUGGCACGGCAUGUGGUGGUGUCGUAGGCGUUGUGGACAUCCCCUACCUGGUCUUGGAACCCACACACAACAAGCAGGACUUCGCGGACGCCAAAGAGUAUCGGCACUUGCUCAAGGCAAUGGGAGAACAUUUGGUUCAGUAUUGGAAGGAUAUCGAAAUUGCUCAGAAAGGCAUUGCCAAAUUCUGGGAUGACUUCGGCUACAUAUCGGCAAAGUGGGACCAGCCUCCGUCAAGCGAGCUGCGUUACAAGCGGCGGAGAGCCAUGGAGAUCCCCACGACCAUACAGUGUGACCUGUGUCUGAAGUGGCGGACUCUCCCCUUCCAGCUCAGCUCUGUGGAACAAUCAUACCCAGACACCUGGGUAUGUUCCAUGAAUCCUGACGCGGAACAAGACAGGUGUGAUGCUCCUGAACAAAAGCAGAAGGUUCCCCUGGGCGUUCUGAAAAAAGAGAAGUCACAGGAAGAGAAGCAGAAGGAGCUGACGGAUAGAAUUCGCCAGCAGCAGGAAAAGCUAGACGCUCUGCAGAAAACAACUCUGGUACGUUCCCAAGCUGACUUGAGAAAACUGCCUCUGGAGGUCACCACGAGACCUGGGCUAGAGAACUCGGACCGGCCACAGAGGCCACGGUCUCCCCCUCUGGCAGAUAUGAUUAAAAAUGCCCCGAGCAGACCCCCGGGCCCACCACCACCUCCCCUUCCUUCCAGAUCCAUCAGCCAGCGGAAGAAGGGCUCCCUGCUACGGCCAGCCACCGGCUCCCCAAGAAUGCAGAGCCCGAUGCCCAGGGAAGAGUCCCACUCCCCCAGGAUGCAGUGCUUUGUGGAAGUUUCUGGGCGGACCACAACCACCCCUGCGAGGCUUCCAGCCAAACUCACAGCAAGUGGGAGGACACCGCCCGCUCUUUUCCAAAACUCCAAAAGUGGCCUUCAGGCUCCCAGCCCAAAGCACACAAAAAUAGUGCCCCAGCCAAAGAAAUCCCCAGUUGUCAAGCAGCCACAGGUGGUCAACUCCCGAAAGAGAAGCAUCAGCACAGUAGAGGAUGAACUGGAAGAGGAACAGCGGUCAAGAAAAGAGAAACGGAAACUGGGCAGGCACGUGACGGUAAAGGAGGAGAAGGACUCCAGCGAGGUUGUGGUCGAACUCACAGAUAGUGCAGGGGAAGAAGAAUUAAGAGAGCUGAAAAGAGCACAGAAAGAUAAAGGGCAACACGUGGAAGUACGGGUGAACAAGGAGUGGUACACGGGCCGAAUCACAACGGUGGAGGUGGGCAAACAAGCUGUCCGCUGGAAGGUGAAGUUCGAUUACGUCCCGACUGAUACCACGCCGAGAGAUAGAUGCAGAGUCUCCUUACUCUCUUUGAACUCUUGUUUUCAGCUCACAGAUAGUGCAGGGGAAGAAGAAUUAAGAGAGCUGAAAAGAGCACAGAAAGAUAAAGGGCAACACGUGGAAGUACGGGUGAACAAGGAGUGGUACACGGGCCGAAUCACAACGGUGGAGGUGGGCAAACAAGCUGUCCGCUGGAAGGUGAAGUUCGAUUACGUCCCGACUGAUACCACGCCGAGAGAUAGAUGGGAUGAACCUUCUACCUCGGAGUGUGUCCACACGGAGCCAGACACCACUGGCUCCAGCAGUACCACCAGUGCUGCCAGCAGCCAGGAGACCGUAGACUUGCUAGCCCAGUCACUCCGGAAUUGUUUACGGUACUUCCUACCUCCCAAUUUCCUCAUCUCUAAGAAAGAUCUGGCUUCUAUGAGUUCAGAAGAGUUGGUGUCAUUCCCGCUGAAAGAAUAUUUCAAGCAAUAUGAAGCAGGUCUGCAGAACUUAUGUAACUCCUACCAAACCCGUGCGAACGCCCAGGCCAAAGCUUGUGAGGAAAAGCUUCGCGUCCAAGAGCAGAAGCUCAGCGAGACCAAGGACAAGCUCCAGAAGCUGAGGACUAACAUCGUCGCUCUCCUUCAGAAAGUACAAGAGGACAUAGACUUCAGUACAGACGAUGAAUUAGAUGCUUACAUUGAGGACCUGAUCACUAGAGGAGACUGAGUGACCUGGAUCCAAGAACUGGCUGAAAAAUCGUCAAGAGGACCAUCGCUGCGCCGUCCGUGUAGGUAGAGAGAGCAACCCAGACCCCGAUGGGUGAAUGUUAGAGACGGUGUUAGCGCGCAUCGGUGUACACCUCGUUUGUACUGAUUAUUUUAUAUAAUGAAACAACAGUACAAUAGAGGAAGGUUUUUAACUUUU